AUGGCAUACAACGAAAGGUACGACGUGUUGUAUCUGGAGCGAUUUAUAGCGGCUCCAGAGGGCUUUGCGCUCUACAAGCCCGUGUCCGCUAAGAAGCUGAAGCCGGGAGUGUGCGGCUAUUUUGACCACAAUGGAGAUUGGCAGAUCAUCGUGGACUUGGAAAACCCUGAUGAAGUCGUGCGGGAUGGCUGGAAACCGGCUGGCACUGUAAAAGUCAGUCCCGAUCCUGGAAAGGACAUUUGGGGAGCCAUGGUGUCGGAGUGUAUAGUCAAAUUCCCGAUCAAGGUCGACGUUCAAGUUAACGUCCCGAAUACCCCUGCGAGAGUGGGUUUCAAGGUCGGCUAUGAUCACAAAGAAGACACUGGCGGAAUUCUUGUCACCAAAGGCGAAGUAAUGCACCAUCAAAUUGAUCCCCUGAGCUCCACCAAAGCGAAGAACUGGUUCAUAACCAAUGCCGAGAUGAUUUUGCAGCGAUACGAAACGACCAAGAAGAAGGGCAUCUUUGUGGUUACCAAAACCUAUACUGCUAAAGAGCGUGCUGUGGCUCUCCUGAUGUCCAAGGAAAUUUCAGUCUCAUUUGGAGUGGAUGUCGACCUUGCCAGCAUCGGCAAAAUCGCACCGGAGGUCGGCUGGUGGAGAAGCCAGAAGGAGGAGGUGUGGAAGCUCCACCAAAAUGACGAUGGCGUCGUUGUUUUCAUGAGUGGGUGGUACUGGCGACCAAAACUGCUUCGCAAAAAGAUCAAACCCACGGAAGAAAAGCCCAAACAGAAGAAGUUCCUAGGCGAGGGAAACAAGUACGGAACGUUGGAAUAUCAAUUCUCGCCCGACGACGAGAAUCUUGAAAUCGUCACAUUGAUUCCGGAGAAGUUGGGUGAGUUUGAUGAAGAGUGA